AUGCCACCAGCAGCGCAAAAGAUCGCCCCUAUUGAAUGGCCCGAAGACUGGCUCACUCUCACCAAGCCGGCUGUGAUCCUCUCAGAGAGUACCCUCGUUUGCAAAAGCAAGAUGAUCCCGCGUGCACUAUUUUCAGCACGCAGCUUGAGCCUGGGUCCGUCACUUUCCGUGCUCCCACUGGAGCUAUUAUUCCUCAUAUUCUCGUAUCUGGAUAUCUGCUCCUUAAAUUUGCUGCGACAGUUGAGCUUUGGCAUCAAGAACCUUGUCGAUUUCUUCGGGCCCUACUUGAUCUUGAUCAAGUAUGUUCCUGCCACACUGCAAGUACUCGCAGUUACUAGGGUGCUUUGCAAAUUCUCCGUUACCGACUUAUUCAAAGCUCUGAAGUCUAAAUACUGCUUCAGCUGCGGUGAUGCCGGCGAUCUCCUCUUCAUCUCUCUUGCGAAACGAUGCUGCCGCUUAUGUCUGCGGGCAGGCCAUUCUCUCCAGCUUAUUUCUCUCGCGGCUGCAAAAGAGUGCUUUGGUUUAUCGAGCCAGGCUGUUCGUAACCUGCCGUCUGUCCUGAUGACACCAGGAAGAUAUGGCAUCCGCGAGCGUGAAUAUAAAUCUCGAACGUGGAUUGUAAGCCUAUCGGAAGCUCAAGAGGCUGGUAUCCGGCUGCACGGAUCCGAACAGGAAAUAGAGCGAUUCGUGACGCCUUCCUUCACCCGCCAGAAUGUCCAAUAUCUCCUGAAGUACUGGAACUGGGUGACUUUGAAUGCUGCCGGUGAAACCUCCGGCCGGCGACCCUACCCGCCAAAGUCACAAUCUGAGAAGCCCGAAGUCUCCUAUGAGCAGUUUAACUACCGCGUUUCUACCCCGUUUCCUUCCAUCAACUUCAAUACUGAGACAACAGUGUAUCCCCGUCCGUGUAAGGGCUGUGCCCUGGAAAUGACUCUGUUCUUCCAAACCUAUCCCAGAGACGCAGUCGACUAUCCCGAGAAAGAGAGGUUACAUCUGAAACGGAUACAGACGGCCUGGUGGACGGACGAUUUCGAACAUCAUAUUCAUGUCUGCGAGGGUAUCAAGAAGCUACUUUCGAAAUGA